AUGGCGGGGUUCGGCGUGGCCAACGAGCGGCUCCGGGCGCUGGAGGAGCUGGAGCGCGAAAUCGGCGCCUCCCUGCAGAGCGCGGGCUCGGUGAUCCUGGAGCUGUCCAAGGAGAAGCCCCAGGAGCGACACCUGGACCGCCAGGCCGCCCAGUUCGGAGCCGCCGUGGCCAAGGUGGAGGCCGAGCUCUCGGCCCAGAUCCGCUACCUGACACAGGUGGCCACGGGGCAGCCCCACGAGGGCUCGAGCUACGCCGCCCGCAAGAGCUGCCAGCUGGCCCUGAACCGGCUGGACUACGCCCGGCGGCGCCUGGCAGAGCUGGCACGGGCCUGUGAGCUCAUGCUGGAACAGUGACACACCUGGGCACACCUGGGGACAACGUGGGACACACCUGGGGACAGCCUCGGCACUGAAAAAUGGGAUUUUAAUGGGGUUUGACACCUUGGAGACAGCGCUGAGAGACUCUGGGCACACCUGGAGAUACCUGGGCACACCUGGCCACACCUGGGGACAACGUGGGACACACCU